AUGAGGCCUCUGCCGAGCCGGAGGAGGAAGAGCCACGGCCUCUCGCUGGGAGUCUUCGCCCUCUGCUUGGCCGCUGCCCGUUGUCUGCAGAGUCAGGGCGUGUCCCUGUACAUUCCCCAGGCAGCCAUCAAUGCCACUGUGGAAGAGGACAUCCUGCUCUCGGUUGCAUACUCCUGCCACGGCAUCCCCACUAUCGAAUGGAAGUAUACGUCCAGCUGGGGAGUGCAGAAAAUCGUGGAGUGGAAGCCAGGGACUCAGGCCAACAUCUCCCAAAGCCACAAGGACAGGGUCUGCACCUUCGACAACGGCUCCAUCCAGCUUUUCAGUGUGGGUGUGAGGGAUUCCGGCUACUACGUCAUCACGGUGACCGAGCGCCUGGGGAGCAGUCAGUUUGGCACCAUCGUGCUGCACGUGUCAGAGAUCCUCUAUGAAGACCUCCACUUUGUCGCUGUCUUCCUUGCUCUUCUCGCUACCGUGGCUGCAGUGUUAAUCAGCCUCAUGUGGGUUUGUAAUAAGUGCGCGUAUAAAUUCCAGAGGAAGAGAAGACACAAGCUCAAAGAAAGCACAACAGAGGAGAUCGAGCUGCAAGAUGUGGAGUGUUAG